AUGACCUGCCUGGGAGGGCACAUGAGCGCCGCGGCUGCGGCACGGCUGACGCUGCGCCCGCCGCCAGGGCUCCCCCACCCGGCAGCGGCGCCCGAGCUCCCGCGGCAGAGGCAGGUUCCCCCCGGCAGCUUCUACGCCCACCCCGGCGGGCGCGCGCUGGGCCCGCCGCCGGGCCUCGCCGCGCCCUGCCGCCGCGCGGCCGACGGGCCCUGGGCACCCGGCGCCUGGGAGGUCGCGCCGUCGACGAGGUGCCCUUCGCGGGAGCCCGCCAGGGCGCCGGGCGCCUACGCCGCCAUCGCCGACAGCGGCUCCGACUCCGAGCUCUACCCUGGCGGGCCCGCGCUGGGCCCGCCGCCGGGCCUCGUCGCGCGCUGCUGCCGCGCGGCCGACGGGCCGUGGGCGCCCGGCGCCCGCGAGGACGCGCCGGCGCCGUCGACGAGGUGCCCGUCGCUGGAGUCUGCCAGGGCGCCGUGCGCCAACGCCGCCAUCGCCGACAGCGGCUCCGACUCCGACGGCCCGGGAGCACGGCCGCCGCCGGGGGCGUGGAGCUCUCAGGGCGAAGGUGCCGCGCCGAGGCCGCCGGGCUGCUUCGGCGGGGCGGGCUGCCACCACGAGCUGGGCAAGCCUGGCGUCCCGUCGGCCGGCUCCGCCCAGCACCACCUCGGGCUCUGCAAGCCGUGCGACUUUGUCUACCGCGGCGCCUGCCGCGAGGGCACCUCUUGCAAGUUCUGCCACUUGUGUGGCCCGGAGGAGACCCAGCGGAGGAAGAAGGAGAAGAAGCGCCAGCACAGGGCGCAGCGCCAGCGCGAGUAUGAGUCGCUCGCUCUCGUCGGCGGCCCGCUGGCUGGGCCGGUGUCUGCCGCGGGGUCAGCGGCAUGGUGA